AUGACCUACAAUAGGAUUGAUGCAUUGAAUCAUGUUCAAGUGUCUCCUUGGUACGACUGCUUCCGGCCCGUUCAUCUUCUUCGUAGCCCACUUACAAAUCAAGCAUCAUUUGAACACAUUGUGGCUUGGAUGUUACCAAGGGGCAGACUUCCAGCGUAUCCUGUGAAUCUAGGGCAACAGGGUGUAGUACGGCAAAACGCUUCCAUCUCUGGAGCACUGCGAAUAACUACAGAAUCGAGCUUCCGAAUGUCUUCAGAAACGCUUCUGUAUCCAGUCUUCGUUGUCGCCUUCAUCGUACUACCUCUUCCGGGCCCACACUCUCGUGGCUGGCCAGAGCCAAUGGUUAUUGAGGCAGAAAGUCAGCGAUAUCUAGGCCUUGAUGAGCUGGUAAAUAUUGGAAUAGGAACUGGAGAAUAUAAAGGCCAGCCUGGUUACUGGAUAACAGCGUAUCGACCUCUCACCACACGAAUGAUCGAAAAUAUGAAGCUAGACUCUCAAAGAUGGCAACAGAAUUUCAUUCAUAUGCAGACUCGAUACCUCUUUCAGGAAGGGUACAUUGGACUCAGAGAGGAGUUCACUGGGAUGCAAGAUACCGCCAUCUGGAUACCCUAA